AUGUUCGUGAGUCGUGGCAGCCGUCUUUUCGCUGGAAUUGAUGGAGUUGAUAAACAGGUAGAAGACGCCUGUAUGUGCCUUAAUCUUUCCGACGACCAACUUCGUAAUGUCAUGUCAGCUCUGCGAGAUGGCAUGGCACUAGGUGUCAAAAAAGGAACACCAAUGGGUGUUGGUCUAAAAAUGAUCCCAUCAUACGUAAGAGCUAUUCCCAAUGGAACAGAAACUGGCGAUUAUUUGGCACUGGAUCUCGGAGGUACAAACUUCCGUGUGUUGCUGAUUCGUCUGCGAGGGAGUGAAGCUGAGAUGGUCGGCAAGAUCUACGAGAUUCCAACAUCGAUACAGCGAGGAACUGGUGAAGCUCUAUUCGACCAUAUUGCGCAAUGUAUCGCGCUGUUCACCGAGGAGCAAUUCGGUAAAGGUGUAAGGAAGAAGCUGCCGCUUGGAUUCACUUUCUCAUUCCCUUGUAAACAAGACGGCCUAACAAAGGCCAAGUUGAUUCACUGGACAAAAGGAUUUAGCGCUAGCGGCUGCGAAGGUCACGAUGUCGUGCAAUUGUUGCGAAGAGCAGUCAGAAAGCGUGGAGAUGUUGACAUUGAUGUGGUCGCCCUGUUGAACGACACCGUAGGAACACUUAUGGCAUUUGCAUUCAAGGAAAACAGCUGCCAGAUGGGCGUCUUCGUUGGAACUGGCACAAACCCUGCUAUAUGGAGAAGCUAG